AUGCGUGUCCGCACCUGCUUCGUCUUCAUUGCGCUCGCUGCCGUAGCGGCCGCCGAAGUCGCAAUUGUCGAUGACCUUGCCAACAAAGCCACCGAUUCGGCUACCAGCGCUGCUAACGGUGUGGUGACCGACACUACCGACGCAGCGAAAGAUACGGCUGCUGGCGUUGCUAGCAAUGCGGUGCACCAUGCGUUCAACUCUACCGGCAAUGCGUUGCAAGAUGCUGCUGACGCUACCGGCAAUGCGUUACAUCAUGCUGCUAAUUCUACUGGCAAUGAGGUGCAAGAUACUGCUGAAGCUGCUAACAGCAAGCUUGACGACAAGGACAAUAAGGCUGGCCCCACUCCCGUUUCUGGCUCUUCGACGGCUGCUUCGAUGCAUCAGUCUUCAAUCGUUAUCAUGACGACUCUUGCUGUUGCUGGACUCACACUGAUGAACUUCGUCUAA